AUGGCCGCUCUCCGAAAGAUUCUCACCGAUCGUGGACUCGUAUCUGAUAUCAUAGAUGAUCUUGAGUAUCCCCUAGUCGGUCUGGUAUUUUAUUUCCUUUCGCGCUGGGCAAUGACACUACUUGAAGAGGCCAAACAGAGAGCCGAGCAGGAGGUGAAAUUCAGCGGCCUUGUCACUCCAGUUCAGCCAGAAGAGCCAGAGAAAGAGCUCAUUGCAGAGACAGCCGAAAACGCCAACAUCAAAGCCAACGGCAACGGCAACGGCAACAGCAACAACCGUGGCAAAAACGCAAGGAAGAGAUUCGCACGAGGUCAGAACAAGGCUCGUGGGCAGAAUAGGAACAGCUCGAACCAGAAUGGUAACAAUUCAAACCAGAACAAGAACAACUCGAAUCAGAACAAGAACAGCUCAAACCAGAAUGGAAAUGCGAGAUCUCACAGGAAUAGAACACCGAAACCACCGGUACAGCUGGACCUGAACAAAAUCUCUAAGAAAAGACUUCUUCGAAAGACCCCUGUCACUUGGGAUGAAUCGAUCAGGCGAGCUGUGAGCUACUUUGCUCACCAUUGCCUGGAGGAACUUUACUUUCUCAGCCUGAUACUUCUGUUCACUCGUGCGAAGCUACCCGGACUUGAAGAGAGUCCGGGAGGGGACUACGGUCAGAUGGCGGCACGAGUCUUGAUUACCUUCAUGACUCUAGGUACUCUAGAACCGUUGAGAUGUUCUCGAUGGGAUAUCGAGGCUUGCGGUCUUGGAAUGUUUACCUACUGUUGUGUGUUAUGCGACGAAGGCCCAGGUCCAUGGGCAUCUGUAGAAAUGGGAGCCAUGGGUCUCUGUGUGAUGGGAGCAUUGAUCGAAUGUCUGCUUUGGAUCAAGGUCGGCCACUUUGUUUGUUGGCCUGCGUUGUGGUUGACAAGCGACGAUAUCAGCGUACCCGACAUGCUCAUCCGUAUUUCAGCACUUUCACCACUGAUUGACAUCGUUGAGACUUACACGCGGUACUCCCACAAGCUAUUCGUCGCGACGACCUAUCUUAUUUUCCCCUACAUCACGGGUCUUCUACUGCAGGCACUUUCAGAUGUAGGAAAACACGGUACCUGGAGCGAUACGGAGGGGUUCGGUCAGGGAGCACAUUCAGUAAAGUACGGGACAGAUCUUGGUUAG